AGGCCGGGGGAGGGGCGGGAACGCCUCCAGUGGCGCGGCCCCGCCCCCGCCCCGCCUCUAGCCCGCAGGGUCAGGAAGCGCGGAAGGAAGCGCCGGGGGCCAUGGACGGAGCUGUGAUGGAAGGGCCGCUCUUUUUGCAAAGUCAGCGUUUCGGUACCAAGAGGUGGAGGAAGACCUGGGCGGUACUCUAUCCUGCCAGUCCCCACGGCGUAGCGCGGCUCGAGUUCUUUGACCACAAGGGGUCGAGCUCCGGAGGGGGCCGAGGGGGCUCGCGCCGCCUGGACUGCAAGGUGAUCCGUCUGGCGGAGUGUGUGAGCGUGGUCCCCGUGGCGGUGGAGAGCCCCCCAGAGCCUGGCGCCGCAGCUUUCCGCCUGGACACCGCGCAGCGCUCCCACCUGUUGGCGGCGGACGCGCCGUCCAGCGCCGCCUGGGUGCAAACACUGUGCCGAAAUGCCUUUCCGAAAGGCAGCUGGGCUCUGGCGCCUGCGGAGAACCCACCCAAGCUUUCUGCCCUGGAGAUGCUGGAGAACUCGCUGUAUAGCCCCACCUGGGAAGGAUCCCAGUUCUGGGUAACAGUGCAGAGGACGGAAGCCGCUGAGCGCUGUGGCCUGCAUGGCUCCUAUGUGCUGAGGGUGGAGGCUGAGAGGCUGACUCUCCUGACCGUAGGGGCCCAGAGUCAGAUACUGGAGCCACUCCUUUUCUGGCCUUACACUCUGUUGCGCCGCUAUGGCCGGGACAAGGUCAUGUUCUCUUUUGAGGCUGGUCGCCGCUGCCCUUCAGGCCCUGGAACCUUCACCUUCCAGACGGCACAGGGGAAUGACAUCUUUCAGGCGGUUGAGACUGCUAUUCACCGGCAGAAGGUCCAGGGAAAGGAUGGUCAAGGGCAGGAUAGUCUCAAAGCCGAUUCCCAGGAAGGAGAAGUGGCAGAGGGAAAGUUGACAUCCCUGCCUGGCCCUCAGGAGCUCCCGGGCAGCCCUCCCACCCUGUAUGCUGAACCCUUAGACUCCUUGCGCAUUCCUCCAGGCCCUUCCCAGGAUUCCCUAUACUCAGACCCCCAGGACAGCACCCCUGCUCGGGCAGGGGAGGGAGUACAGUUCAAGAAACCUCUUUAUUGCGGCUUGUACGAGCAUGUGCAGCAGCAGUUGCUGAAGGCCAAGCUGACGGACCCCAAAGAAGACCCCAUCUAUGAUGAACCUGAGGGCCUGGCCCCAGCUGCUCUCCGGGGCCUUUACGACCUGCCUCAGGAGCCCAAGGAUGCCUGGUGGUGCCAGGCUCGGGUGAAGGAGGAGGGCUAUGAGCUCCCCUACAACCCUGCCACUGAUGACUAUGCUGUGCCACCUCCUCGGAGCACAAAGCCCCUCCCAGCUCCCAAGCCCCGGGGCUUGGCCUUCCCUGAAUCCAGAGCUCUAACUGGUGGUGGCAGCAAAGGCCACAGCUCAGACACUGCCCUGUACAGCCAGGUCCAGAAAAGCAAUGCCUCAGGGAGCUGGGACUGUGAGCUGUCUAGAGGAGGGGCUGACAGGACCGGGGUCAAGUCCGAGGGCUCCACAUGAGAGGUAGGGCAAGGUUGAGGUUGCUGAUAGGGCUACCACGGGGAGGUGGCACCGGGAUCAAAGAAAUCUAUUAGAACCUGCAGAAACCAGAGGGUUGGAGAAUCCUGUGUAAGCCAGUCCAGGGGACCUGGGAGGGAUCAGGGGAAUCAAGGGAAGGAUGAUCAAUCUCAAGACGUCCUGGAAGUGGGACAGAUGGCAGGGGUGAGGGAUGGGACCUGGGAGAGACCAGCACCCCCAAGUCAACCUCCCCAAAGGAAUGGACAGCUGCCGGACCAGGUCUAUGAAAAGGGGUGCUUGGUUUGAGUUGGUGCAGUUUGAGGGGCCUGCAUGGAGGCUCUAGGGUGAUGCCGGACUGUGCCUGGAUCCUCACCCCUGCAUUGUUCUUUGCCAGAGAUCUAGAUUUCAAGAAGUUUAUUCUCAUUAAAGUCAGCUUGGGUUUAAGA